AUGUCAAACUACUCAAUCAAUACCUCAAUUAUAAUCAAUGCUUCACCUGAAAAAGUUCGUGAAGUCUUUUUGGAUUUCUCUACAUAUAAAGAAUGGUCAGCUUUUAUUCAAUCAAUUGAACCUGUUAAAGAUAAUAGCAUCAAUCCUGGUGAUAAUUUAAAUGUUGGUUUAUCAUUUGAGCAAGAAGGUACAUCUAUUACAAAACUUCAACCAGUUAUAUUGACAAAUUCGGCCACUGAAUUCUCAUGGAAAGGUGUUCUUUUAAGCUCAUAUAUCUUUGAAGGUUCUCACAAAUUUGAAUUCAAUCCAGUACAAGGUGAUUCCAACAAGACUGAAUUGGUUCAUUCUGAACAAUUUGCCGGUGCUUUGAAAUAUCCAUUGUUGUACUUUAUUAAAGAUAAGACUGAAAAGAAUUUCCAAAGAUUUAAUGAAGCUAUCAAAUCAAGAGCUGAAACUUCAUAA